CACUCCAAACACUGACUCACAGUUUGAAUGCAUUCAACGAUUAUUUCGAUGUUUUGAUUGUUUUUAUUAUUGAUUACGAAAUACAAAACAAUGAAUGCAUUGAUCAUCACAUGAAUGACCAGUCGUUGUCAUUAUGUCGUCCAUUAGUGGCCAAUAAUUGACUCAAUUUGUGUUUAAUUCAUACAUUGAAUGCAAUGGAAGAGCAGAAAGACGUGAAGGAUUUGAUCCCAGGAUUAGUACAUCUCUCGGAACUGAUUAAAGGUCGACUGUAUUUGGCGACCGUUAGGCCGGGCGUCGCGCAGACACUGAAGAAUAAAUCGGAUCCAUUGGUCACCUAUUUCUGUGUCGACGACCAACUCGUAUACGAAGGGUUUGACGCAGACUUCGGGCCAUUGAAUGAGGCGCUGCUCUAUAGAUAUUGUCUUAAACUUAAUAAACUUCUUAAGAGUUGUGAGGAAGGAGUCCAGCGCUGGCAC